AUGAUGCACAACAUUGGCGCUGUCUUUCUUCUCUUGGCGUCGAUGGUCGACGCCAAGGGCCUCGACACCGUCCUCUCCAAGGCCACGUUCCAGAAGCUCUUUCCGAACGCGCUGCCGAUCUACCAGUACGAAAACAUGAUUGCCAUGUCCCAAAAGUACCCGGCCUUUGCCAACACGGGCAACGACGAUGUCGACAAGCGCGAGGUCGCGGCGUUCCUCGGCCAGAUCUCGCUCGAGUCGGGCGACCUCCAGUACGUCGAAGAGAUCAACAAGAACGAGUACUGCCAAGCCAGCGACAAGUAUCCGUGCGCGCCCGGGAAGCAGUACUUUGGUCGUGGUCCGAUCCAGCUCUCGUGGAACUACAACUACAAGGACUUUGGCGACGCGUUCGGAAAGGACUUUGUGACCAACCCCGAUCUGAUCGCCAAGGACAAGGACCUCGUUUGGCUCAGCGCGUUCUGGUUCUGGAACGCCGACAAGUGGAACGGCAACAUCCACGACGUGGUCGGCCAGCCCGGUGGCUUUGCGUACACGACGUACAUCAUCAACGGCGGCCUCGAGUGCGGCGAGAACCCGCCCAACAAGCAGUCGGAGAUCACGCGCAUUGCGAGCUACAAUAAGUUCUGCGACCUCCUCGGCGUCUCGCCCGGCGACAACCUCUCGUGCCAGACGAGCGCGUACCCACCGACGACGCCGUGGCCCAAGACCAAGUCGCCGUCGCCGACGUCCGCCCCGAAACCCACGUCGUCGCCGACGGUUGCACCCACGGACGCUCCCACGGACGCUCCUACCGCGGCCCCGACAGACGCGCCCACGGCCCACCGACGCCCCGAUGAGCCCAGCGAUGAGCCCAGCGACGAGCCCAGCGACGAGCCCAGCGACGAGCCCAGCGACGAGCCGACGAACAAGCCGACGCCGACGUCCAAACCGUCGGGUGUUGUCAAGAAGCGCUGGGAACAGUGCGGUGGCAAAGACUGCGCGCCGACGUCGCAGCCGUCCUCGGGCCAAAAGGCCAAGUGGGAGCAGUGCGGCGGAAAGGACUACACUGGAAGCAAGGACUGCGUCCAGGGCACGGUGUGCCACAAGUUUGACGCGUGGUAUUCGCAGUGCCUCCCGACGCAGCGCAGCGGCUGGUAG